UCUUUCUCUCUCUCUCUCUCUCUCUUUCUUUCCCCCUCCUUUUCUUCCUUACUGUUUCGUAAAAGUCAGAAAAUAAUUUGUUUAGAAAAAAUAUGAUAUAUUAUCUUUAUCAAUCGAUUAUAUGAACUUUAAAUGUCAAAUCACGCCUAUUUGCAAUGUUAUAGAUGCUUAUAAACAUUCGUCACGUGAUUAAACUCCCCUAAUACGUGCGAUAUGUGCUGUUCACGAAUAUUAGUAUCCUGACGUUCGAACGUACGGAUCAGUCCGUUAGCAACCGCUGAAGAGUGACUAACAGAAAUUUUUCGUGCUCUUGCGGAAGGAAAAAAAUUUCGAAGUGGACAACUUGAUUUAUUGAAGUUAACAUGUUGACCUCAUUGUUCAUCUGGAUUUUCUCGAUUCUAUGGAUUCAGAAUACAAUAGCGAGCGUUCUUGUUGCCGAUACAACGAUGUCCAAAAUGGUAGAAUUAAAUGCCGGCGAACCAAUAUGUUCUAUUUACAAUGAUCGUGGUAUCAUUCAGAAAAUGAUAUUCGGUGCAGAUCCGAAAAAAGUUCGACAUAUGCCAAGCAAUCUCGUUGCCGAUCUCGAAGAGACUUGUUUGACUUUUAAGAAUCAAACGCCAGCAGUUGGAUUGGUAUAUCCUGGAACGAAAUGGUGCGGACCAGGAAACCAUGCAACUUCUUAUGAUGAUUUAGGUCAUCAUACGGCAGAAGAUGCAUGUUGCAGGGAACACGAUCACUGUCCAAUAACGUUACAACCGCAAAAAUGUAUCCAUAGUAUAUGUAACUAUUCACCUAUCAUACGUAUGCAUUGUGACUGUGACGCAAAGUUUCGAAGAUGUUUACAAAAUCUUAAUACUGAGGUUGCCAACACUAUCGGUGCACUAUACUUCAAUAUUAUUCAAGUAAUUUGUUUGAAGGAAAGACGACCGUGCUCAGAAUGGCAAAGAUCCUACGAGAAAUGUAUUCCGUAUUGGAAAGAACUGGCGAGUUACGAGCCGCUAAAUUUUGACAAGCAUAAGGAAAUUGGAAAAAGUAAUAAGUUUUUAUACCAGACACCACUUUCAAAGCUCAUCAGGGAUUUUCUUGCUAGGUUACAAGAUAUCCAGAAGAAUUUCUUGAAUUCUUUUCAAGAUCAUUGAAGAAUGACAUUUAAUAGAAGAAUGGUUAUGCCGAAGCGGUGUCAAAUAGAUUAUGCUCGGAGUACAAGUUUCGACCAAGUGAUAAAUACGUGCCAUUGAUGCCACUGAAUAUGAAUAUAUGAAUACAACGAAAGAACAAUUCGAGUGAUGGUGGUGGUGAAUGGUGGUGGUUAAAGAAAGAAAGGAAGAAAAAAAAAAUAAAAUAGAAGAAGAAAGAAGAAAAUGGAUCAAUUAAAAUUAAUGAUCACGAUGGGAAACUCGCGAUGAUUAUUGCGUUUUAUUCAUAUCACUUGUCCUUUUUACUUUAUGGAAUUUUAUGAGGUAUGACCGGUGCGGAUUUAUAUAUAUAAACAUAUAUAAAUAUAUAUAUAUAUAUAUAUGUGUGUGUGUGUGUGUGUAUAUGUGUAUAUAUAUUUAUAUGUGGAUUUAUUUUGAAUUCGAUUGAAUACCAGAGACUCUAUAAUAAUAUUAAUACAUAUCUAUUUUACACUCGAUACGUGCAUGUCUUUAAAGAAA